AGGACGCCCGUAGUUACACCACCUUUUUCUUCUUUUGUUGGUCCUUUUGACUUCAGGUCCCUAUAUUUUUCUGACUGCUUUUCUGUCCUUUUCUUAUAAAAAGACCUCAAAAAUAAUCAAUAAGGUCUUUAGUUUGUUCUUUACUAUAAUUGUACGAAAGCCCUUCUUAUAAAUCAGCACUGAAUAUUCUUACCAGUUGUAUUUUACUAUACUCCUUCGAAGACACAGAUAACUGAUUCGUCGUAGCAUUUCCCUUUUAUAUCUUUAUAUUUUACUUAUCUUAGUUGACAACUUAUAGUCUGGUGCUCACUCUUUAAGAAAUUUUAUCUUAUUCUUUAUCUUUAUUUCACAUUACCGCUUUUCACUUAAACAAGCCAGUAACAAUGUUGAAACAGCAAGAAAAAUUUUUAUCCACACUUCAUACUGACCCCGGCAUUUUGUCGUACGCGAACAAAAGCAAGUCCACCGAGGAGGACUAUGUUGUUAAGGUUUGGGGAUCGAUAAUCACAUCGUUGUUUGACAGUCCACAACUUACGACUAAAUGGGGUGAAUCUGUGAACAAGGAGUCAUCCCAAUCUAAAAGCAAGUCUUCCGGUGAAAAAUCAAUUGGCGAUAAAGUCGAUUGUCGGAUACUCACCAAGGAUGCCAGCCACAAUGAAACUGAUGUUUCAAACAUCGAAUUUUCCAGGGACCAUAAUACCAAGAAAUUUUUCAGUGACCAUUGCAAACUUUUGAGGGAGGAAAAAACAAUUAUCGACCACUUUCACAACAGCCCAUACAUCAAAAGACGAAACAAGAAAAAUGUUGCUGGCACAGUCCUUCAAAUUGCUAGAAUUGAAGGCCAGAUGAAAAAAAUCAAGCUCGUUGGUAAUGGGUUGUAUGUGGCAACCAAAUUGGGUUCUCUUCGUCAGGUUUUAUCUUAUUUUAAUAAGGUUCAUUUUUUUUCUGUCUCGUAUUUUAUACUUGUGUUAAUUGACUAUUUCAAGAAGGACAAAUAUUCGUCAUUUACGCGUACCAGUUGGUUCCUCCCCACUAAGAGCAGAAAAGAUUUACGACGGAAAGUUUCCGGAUGGUUUAUUUACAUUUUUGAUAAUAAUAAAAUAAUUGUCACAUCACAUUAACGAAGGAUAUUCAAGUAUCACACAUUACUCCGCUUGUUUUUACUGCUGCUCACAGGAUGAUGCCCUAUGGCGAGUAAAUCCUAAUGUCAGAUAAAGUACUGCAAUCUGAUGGGUCGGAAAAGUAGCUAGAAUAUUAACUUUACGACAUGAAUCACAACUGUGGCAAGCAUACAUGACUCGUU